AAGAAGACGCGCUGUAAAUGGCCGCCUCCAUGUCGUGAAUAUGAAGACUGACAAAGAUUACAAUUUUAUCUAACUGCUCAACUCAUCGAGAUCAUAAUCGAAUCAUAUACCAUAACGUCCUUUGCUGUACAGACCUGCACAGCUAUUGCUGUCCAACGGCGGCCUGAUAGUCCAGUUUGGCAUCAGCUGUCACUUCCUUCCAAAUGAAGGACGGCAAGGAGAACUCUACCGCCGCUGCUGGAAGUUUUGCCACAAAUCUGGACCACACAAAGCCAUGCUGGUACUGGGACAAGAAGGAUCUGGCCCACACCCCGUCCCAGUCCGAUGGCCUGGAUCCAGCCACAGAAGCCCGGUACAGACGAGAGGGAGCCCGGUUCAUAUUCGACGUCGGGACACGUCUGGGACUACAUUAUGACACUCUGGCAACUGGAAUAACAUACUUUCAUCGUUUUUACAUGUUUCAUUCAUUCAAACAGUUUCCCAGAUAUGUGACUGGGGCUUGUUGUCUUUUCCUGGCUGGCAAAGUGGAAGAAACCCCCAAGAAGUGUAAAGACAUCAUUAAAACGGCUCGGAGUCUGCUUAAUGAUGUGCAGUUUGCACAGUUUGGAGAUGAUCCGAAGGAAGAGGUCAUGGUCCUGGAGAGAAUUUUACUCCAGACAAUCAAGUUUGAUUUACAAGUUGAGCACCCCUACCAGUUUCUGCUGCGCUAUGCUAAACAGCUCAAAGGUAUUAAUAGCCAGUCAGGGGGGCAGAACCCACCUGCUCAACCUCCCUCCAAGAAAAACUCCCCCCAGGCCAGCCCCCCUGCCAAGAUUAAACGCCAACAUGUCUCUCCUAAAGAUGAACCUAAAGCCCCAACAGAGCAAGUUGGGUCUAAGAUACCCCGCCUGGAGAGUCCUAUGCCCCCUCUCCCUGUGUCCCAACCCCCAGAUCGCAAGGCUCCGUCUGUCAUCCCAGCUCCUCCCGCUGAAGCAGAACCGGCCACCUCAGCUGACAUGGAUCCAGCACAGGGCCCGGCUCCUCCUCUGCCCCACGGAGCCCCGCCCCCUCUGCCUCACCGCCCGCCACCCCCUCCUCCCUCCAAGUUCAGGGUUUCACGGUUAGACUUUAAAUCCACUGAUGCGAUUUGA